UACAGCAACACAAGCGUUAGCUCAAGUGCUAAGGGAAGUUAGGUGGUGGAUAGCAAUCUCAGCACCUGAACCGGGCCCCUAUUACAAUCUCGGGAGCCAUCACCUCUUGUUCUACCUUAUGGGUCUCCAGGUCCUUGGAGGUUCCAAAGAAGAAUCUGAGUCAGGGUGACUGGUUUUGGCCUUCUUGUGCUCACUUCUUCGGACUUGCAAUGCAGCUUCAGAUAUCGCCAAGUAUGAGACAUGUCACGGUGCUCCCAGGGAAGGGGGUGAGGGAUUUCAUCAAGGUUAAGGGCACGUCGAGGAAGCUUUCUUAUAAGAUGGUGUUCUACUCACUGCUCUUUGUCACAUUCUUGCUCCGGUUUGUGUUCGUGUUGAUGGCAAUGGAUACAAUCGAGGGAGAGACCGAGUGCUCUUCUUUAGGAUGUGUAGGGAAAAAGCUAGGGCCAAGAAUAUGGGGAAGGAGGCUAGAAUCGACGAAGGUUCCUGAAGAAAUAUAUCGAGUACUUGAAGAAGGAAAGAUUGAGGAACCUGAGCGAGGAUCUGAUAUUCCACAAACACUCGAAGACUUCAUUGCAGAGAUGAAGAGCAACAGAUCGGAUGCCAAAACCUUUGCCUUAAGGCUCAAAGCCAUGGUAUCGCUACUAGAGCAGAGGACGAGGACGGCAAAGAUCCAGGAGUAUCUCUACCGCCAUGUGGCAUCCACCAGCAUUCCCAAGCAGCUAUACUGCUUGGCCCUGAAGCUGGCCCAGGAGCACUCCACCAAUUCCGGCGCCCGCCUCCGGCUCCCCGCCCCGGAGCGGGUCCCGGCACUCGUCGACCCAUCCCUCCACCACUUCGUCCUCGCCACCGACAAUGUCCUCGCCGCUGCCGUCGUCGCCGCCUCCCUUGUCGCCAAUUCCGUCCAACCGAGCUCGGUCGUGCUCCAUGUCAUCACCGAUCGCAAGACGCAUGCGCCCAUGCAGGCUUGGUUUUCGCUGCACCCGUUGGAACCGGCGGUCGUCGAGGUCAAGGGGCUCCACCAUUUUGAUUGGUUCACGAGGGGGAGGGUCCCCGUAAUGGAGGCCAUGGAGAAGGACCGGGCGGCACGGUCGCAGUUCCGAGGAGGCUCAUCGGCGAUCAUCGCCGAUGGUAGCGAGAAACCUGUUGUGGUGGCGGCCAAGCUGCAGGCUUUGAGUCCAAAGUAUCAGUCAGUCAUGAACCAUAUUCGCAUCCAUUUGCCCGAGUUGUUUCCACGCCUUAAUAAGGUUGUGUUUCUCGAUGAUGAUGUUGUCAUCCAAUCCGAUCUUUCGCCCCUUUGGGACAUUGAUCUGCAAGGCAAAGUAAAUGGUGCAGUCGAAACAUGCAGAGGAUCCGAUAAAUUUGUGAUGUCAAAGAGAUUCAAGAACUACUUAAACUUCUCCCACCCUUUAAUUUCAGAAAGUUUUGAUCCUAAUGAGUGUGCUUGGGCAUAUGGCAUGAAUAUCUUCGACCUUGAUGCAUGGAGGAAGACAAACAUUAGUCUAACUUACCACCACUGGCUUCGAAAGAACUUAAAAUCAGACUUAAGUCUAUGGCAGCUAGGAACUCUACCACCUGGUUUAAUAGCAUUUCAUGGCCAUGUUCAUAUCAUUGAUCCCUAUUGGCACAUGUUGGGGCUUGGAUACCAAGAAAACACCACCAUAGCAGAUGCAGAAAAGGCAGCGGUCAUCCACUUCAAUGGCAGAGCUAAACCUUGGUUGGAUAUAGCAUUUCCUCAAGUCCGGCCUCUCUGGACAAAGUAUUUGAAUUUUUCAGACAAGUUCAUUAGAGGUUGUAAUAUCAGAGCAUAAUAAGAUGGAUAUGUGAGAGAAAGGGGGCGUCAAGCAAUACAAUGACACGAAGGAAAUGACCACGAUGAAAAGCUGAAAUGUGGAUACAAGCAAGAGAAUAGAUAUCAAGACAGCUUGAGGUCAUGGAGUGAGAUGAUGUAAGAUUUAUAGAGAGGAGUAGGAGGUCCUAGCUUUCUGAUGUUUCAGCAAUGAAGCAACUUCUUACAUCCUUCUGUUUUUGCUCAAGGAAAGAUUAGAUUUCUUCGGAUGACCUGCUUCCAGUUCUGUACAUCAAUGGAUGCAAUCAUAUUUUCCAAACAAGAAUGAUCAAAAAAUUAAUAAAAUGAUGUUAUUAUCAUUUCAUUGAUGCACCCAAAGUAUUACAAAA